AUGGUGAUACUUGUUUUUGCCGGCCUCCGACAGCGCGAAACUCCUCUUGAAAAUUCGUUGUCCGACAGAGAACGUGGCAUCAUCAAUUGCAUCAAUGGGCUGAGAUAUCGUAGGGCGAAUCCUGAAGGCUUGCCAGAAAUCGUAGCCCAGAAUACAACGACGACUCAGACUUGGAGCUACCAGAACUGGUAUGGAACUCACAUUCGCUGCCAGCAUUGCAAUUCUGCAAUCUUCCCUAGUAUUACGGAAGAGGACGUCAAACUUUCGUUUUUCGUCCCACGGGCUCGACAUGCUGCGGAAGAUCCGGACCAUGUCCAAGUAAAAGUCCUGGAACUUCUCUCUGGGACCCUGCUUCCGAUUGUUAGCCUGCCGUUCAUAGACGUAAUCUAUAUCGACUGGCGACUACGCAGAUUUCGUUCGGCAACGCUACGUGUGCCUUCUACCGGCAUGCUACGGAUCUUCAACUCGUACUCUAGCUCAUCUAUUGUCAGAUGGCUAGGAUUCAUCGCGUGGUACCACGAUACGAAAUGGGACAUAGCCAUCUCUUCAACAGGCAUUCAACUAAGAAAAUCGAAUAUUGAAUUAAAAAAGAAACUAUGGAAUCCUUUCAAGUGGAUUAUCACCCAAAAAAAAUUGAAAAUCCUAGAGAAAAGAAAUACUUCUGUUCAAAGAAGCUGUAAAUUAAAAAAUCCUAAAAUUUGUUCACGCUCCCUAAUGAAGCAAAUAAUUUGAAAAUCCUAGUUUUAGUUCGUCUAUCUUUGAUAAACUUUA